AUGACGCUUCAACUUCUGCUUUGCAAUCAGAAACAUUUAUCUCUAGGCAUCAAAUUGACAAUAAUCAGAGGCAUAAAUCCCAGCAUCUACGGAUUCUCCGAACACCAAUUUCCCAACCUCGUACCUCCGGAAUACUACAACAACACCAUCAACAACGAUCACAUCGACGAAGCUAUCUUUGGCUCCGAUGAGUUCCGAAUGUACGGCUAUAAGAUAAAACGGUGUCCGAGACUGCGAAGCCACGACUGGACCGAGUGCCCCUAUGCUCACCGCGGCGAAAAGGCUCAGCGCCGCGAUCCACGUAAGUUUAGCUACUCCGCCGUUGCAUGCUCGGCCUUUCGAACCGGCAAGUGCCUCAAGGGUGACACCUGUGAGUUCGCGCAUGGAGUCUUCGAGUAUUGGCUUCACCCAGCUAGGUAUCGCACGCGUGCAUGCAAUGCUGGGCGUUAUUGCCAACGUAAGGUAUGUUUUUUUGCGCACACGCCUGAGCAGUUACGGUCUGAGACUAAAUACAAGUGCCACUACACGUACCGACCAAGAAUGAUCGUCGGCGGAGAUGGGGUUCGCGAUGGAUCAAACGGUCAGGAGGAUGCCACACCGCCGCCUUUGCCUUUGCCUUUGCCGGUGCCGGUUCAGUUGGAGAAGAAACAUGUUGUUGAGAGUUGUUGUGAUGGGGUUUCGGAGGUUUUGAAGAGUUUGAGGGGUUUGAAGAUAAGGGAUGUUGAGGAUAAUUGGGAAUCAUCAGAGUCAGAUUUGCCUCAGAUCGAUUGGAUUUCAGAGUUGGUGCAGUAA